CGGCCCCUCGCAGACCUCCAGAAGGCCACCGGAGGACGUGGAGGGCUCUAAGGAGGCGUCCAAACUCUCGAACCCGGUAACACGCCCCCGGCGCUCGCCUCGGUCAAUACGCCUCCCUGUGGCCCCGUAACGCAAAACUGCGCUUCGCCCACGCUUGCUGAGCAUCUCUACAGCCGAAUACUAGCAGAAGGAGCGCGCGCGGCGGUCGCGCGCCCCUAAAAAGGUGUUAAUGGCGCGUGCUGCUUUGGUGGUGGCUUUGGCGCUGGGAGUGGGCGCGCUCACUCCGCCCCCGGCCCCCAAAACGCCCGUGACGGGCCGCCAGGCCGUGGUCAAAGAAAGGAAGCAGUUGUUACCGCCCACGGUCGCGCCGCUCGUCGUGGAUACGGCCCCCGACGGACCUUUACUGGCUGAUGCGCCGCCCCUCCUCGACGAGAGCGGCAACAACCAAGGCCCACCGACGCUUGCGACGACGACGAUCCCCCCGAUCCCGGACGAGCUCGAGGACGCCGUCCGGAAGCGCUCGGCCGAGGAGCAGGCCGAAAAGGCCAAGGAGCAGAUCAAGAUCGCGCGCAGUAAGAAGAAGGGCGACUGGUACAAGUUCGGCUUCCAGACCAAGGAGUCUGUGAAGCAGCCGAAGGUCACCAUCGACAUAACCGUGCCCGAAGGCGCCCAAGCGGGCGACCGCCUCCAGGUGACCGUCCCGCAAGAUGUAGAUGUACUGGAGUACCUCGGCGUCACCGAGCCCAAGCCGCCCUGCGUCACAAGUGAGGAGUCCGAGAACUCGGUCGCUAAAGAAUUAGCCGGCUUCACGCUGCCGUUGUUACUAGUGUGGCUCGCGUCGCCCUUGCUAUCAUUGGUCGACACGGCGGCGGUCGGCGCGUCGCGGCCCACCGCCGAACUAGCGGUCCUAGGCCCGGCCUGCGCGGCCUGCGAUAAUGCGGCCUUCCUGUGUACGUUCUUAGGCAUCGUCACGACGGGCGCCGUCUCAAGGGCAUUAGCCACGGGCGACGAGACGAAGGCCAAGACGGCGUCGGGGGCCGCCUGCGUCGCGGCGUUGGUGGUCGGUGGAUUGUUGACGGCGGCGGCCUGCUCGCCGCUCGGGCCGGCGGGUCUCGGCGCGAUGGUGCCCCGGUCGACGCCGGGCUUUUCCGCGGCCGUCGCGUACACGCGCAUCCGCUCGUUAGCCUUCGUACCGGCUUUGCUCAUCAUGGUGCUGCAAUCUACCUCACUGGUGCGCGGGCCGCGUCCUUUUCUUACCAGGUUCGACUCCUGGCGCGAGUGCUACUUCGUAAUUUUUCGAACGCGAAAAAAUAUCCCUGAUAUUUCUUCGUCUGUCGCUUAUGUGACGCCGCCCGCGACGCUCGUCGGUUGAGCGCUACGUGUGACCCGCAUCCCAACGCAGGCCCGGCGGAACGUGCGAGCGCCGCUGAAGGCCGCCGGCUUAUCUGGUGCUGCGAACUUAGUAGGCGACGGCAUCCUCGUGCCGACGAUGGGCUUGGCCGGUGCCGCGUUGGCCACCACCGCGGCGCAGAUCGUCGCGUUGAUCGCCCUGCUCCAGGACGCGGCGAAAGGCAAAUUUUUACCGUCGUCGCCAAAGCAGUGGGCCCGGAGCGCCGGCGCGCCCUUCCGCCAGAUCUUCACCAAGGGCGCGCCCGUGGUUGCGGCCUUGUCCGCCAAGACAGCCGUCUUGCUCAGCUUGAGCUAUGCUGCCGCUAGCACAGCGACAAAAAGAGGCGACCUCGCGGCGUUGGCCGCCCACCAGAUCCUUGUUGGAUUAUAUUUCGUCUUUGCGCCCGUCGGCGACGCGCUGUCGCAGACCGUGCAGACGUUUUUGCCGCGGUCCAUCGUGGCCGACCAGCUCGACGAGGUCGACCGGCCGCCCCAGAAGCGUUCGAAAGCUCUGGGCCCGAAGUCCCGAGCCGUGGUCAAGGGCGCCGUCGCCGCGGCGUUGGUAUUAGGUGGCUUGGACGCCGUCAUGGCCUGGGGUUUACCUGCUGGUUUACCUACUCUCUUCUCGAGGGACCCGGCCGUCGCCGCCGCAUUACGAAGGACGGCACCUUAUUUAGGUGCGGCUCUCAUGGUCCACGGCCUGUCGAGCGCGACGGAGGGCACGAUGCUCGCGAACCGCGACGCGGGCGUGCUCGGUGGGUUGUACGCCUUUGACGCUGCAGUGGUUGUGGCGGCCUUCUUCGCCGUAGCUAGAGCGGCGGGGCCGGUCACGAGCGUCUGGCGCGUGUUCCUGGGCUACAACCUCCUGCGCUGCUCGCAGUUCGCGCUGCGGGUGACGAGCACGGCGCUGCGGCGGCGCAAGACCGCAUAGCUCGCCCUCCUCCCUCUCUCCCCCUCCGAAAAAGCAAGUAACCUGUUGAAAUGUCA